GAGCUUCAGUAUUUACAACAAUAUUGUCUGAAAGCCUGGCCGACGCUGCUGUCCAUUAGAGACAGACAGGGAGUGAAACCGUCGCUGGGGACAGUCUUCUCACUCCUCUCUGCUACACGAUGGCUGUGGGCUCCGGUUAGGACUUCUUUGGUGCAUUUUGGAGAUAUUUCCUAGAAUGUUGGCCAGUGAUAUCCGUCUACCGUGUGCACUGCAGUGGUGCGCAGCUUCGCCUGGAGAAACACCUGUGCGCCUCUCCUCUCCACCGGCCACAGUCAUGAAUGUUGAGUAGAGAACAGAUUUACCUAAGGCGCGGUGUCUGUCUGCAUUUGUCUGAGAGAACCACAGAGGGAGCAGCACAAAUACCGCACAGCCAGACAUCAUGCAAGGAGAAACCUUUCCUCGUUGCAGAGUGCUGAAAUGUUAGGUCUGAAGAGCGAGUGUGUCAGAUCAGAUCAGCAGACUGUGUACCAUAGGGGGGGCGAUAAGAGCUGCUUGACACUAGACUCUCUAAUGCCCUGUGUGUGCUUUAAGGCCCCUUUCGAUCAAGAAAAGACGUGUUAACUGAUCUCUCAUCAGCACUUUUUUUUUUACCCCCACCGUCAGAUUCAGCAAUCUGAGCCGAGAUGGAGUGGUCGCUAGAGAAUGUGAGGGAGAUGGUGGCCGGAGGGAUGCAGUCUAUAAGGGAGUGUGAGAUCUGUGCGUUCGCCAUAGCCAUGUGUGUGCUGCUGCUUUUUAUGUGGUAUUGUUACAGGGUGGGCCGGGAGCACGGCUCCAGCCCUCUGCGUGGGAGGUAUCUGGCUGGGCCCAGCCGGAUCGGAGGGGUGGUGGGGGGCUUCAUGAGUUCAGACUGCCGUGGCAGGGGGAAAGGGAAGCAUGGCUCGAUGUUAGAAGAGCAGAACGGCUUUGCUUUCUGCCAGUCGUCAGAGUGUUUCCGAUGCACCAGUGCCGGAGAGAGUCUGAACCAGAGGCUCUAUCACAGCCUGCAGGAUUAUGCCAAACGCUACACCUGGUCCGGGAUGGGCAGGGUGCAUAAAGGAGUCCGUGAUCAAGGUCGAUACCUUAACAGCCGACCGACCAUCCAGCGGCCAGAAGUGUUCUUCCUCCCAGAUCUCCCAUCAGCUCCUUUCUUCUCUAGAGAAGUACAGAGACACGAUGUGGAGCUGCUGGAGCAGAGCUUCCCCGCCCUCCUGGCCGAGUUCGAGAGCAUCUACCACCAACCUCCAGCACGCAGCGGCUCCUCACUGCCACCAGGGUGGAAAGCCAACAACACCCCUCGGGGGCAGUGGUGGACCUACUACCUGGUCAACCAAGGCACCCCUCUGGUUCUUAACGUCAGGAGGUGUCCAAGGGCCUGGAGGGUGCUGGGCCAGCUGCGCACCUUCAUCGCCAACAACGUGUUCGGAAACGCCUGCUUCUCUGUGCUGACGCCCGGAGCUCUGAUCACUGAGCAUUACGGUCCAACAAAUGUCAGGCUGCGCUGCCACCUGGGUCUCAGAGUGCCCCCCUCCUGUGAGCUUGUUGUUGGUGGAGAGCCACAGUGCUGGUCUGAGGGCAGCUGUCUGCUUUUUGAUGACUCCUUCCUCCACAGGGCCUUCCACGAGGGCGGCGCAGAGGACGGCCCCAGGGUGGUGUUCAUGGUGGACCUCUGGCACCCCAACGUGGCCGCUGCGGAGAGACAAGCCUUGGACUACAUUUUUACUCCAGGUCGCUUAGAGGACAAGGAAGGGAAAUAGGUGUGAGUGAGAAAACCAUGUCUGACCAAGAGACAGAUGGCGUUUAGGGAAGUGUCGGUAGGAUUGGGGAGCAAACUCUUUUUCCGCCUCCAGACCAGCUCUCACAUUCACUGUGUACAUAUUCUCCGUCUCAUACAGUAUCUCUCAUAACUCCUCUUAGCAGAUGACCAAACAUUGGGCCUCUUUUGUCAAUAGCGUUCAUGUUUUUCCCUGGAUAGCUGUAUUAACACACUUGAAAGUAUCUACUUGAGUUUUGAGUAGGAGCACGAUUGUUCAUUUAGUCAUUGUAUAAACAUCAUGGCAGGGACAUUUUAGUUUACUUAUCAUUUUUUUAUGGUGAUUCUUUGAAUGUUCAAUGCAUUUGCAUAUAGAUGAAUGAUGUGACCCUUCAGUUAAAAAAAAAUUACCCAGCAAGCAGUUCUCAUCAAAAAUAUUUUUCAUUUUCCCUUUCCCUCUAAAUUUUGGCCAGUUCUUGAGUAAAAUGAUCUCAGUCCAACAUCCUUUGUUUAGCUCAUAUUGGUUUUUAUUUUAGUGGCUGUUUGAAAUAGUUCAUAGUAAUAGUUCAACCGGCUCUUAGCAUGCUGAUAAAUAAUGCGUCACCCUCUUGCUGUCUUGCUUCACGGCAUGUAUGGGUGGGUAGGCCAACCUGCCCUAUAAGCUAUAAGGGACCUGGAGUCAUUGAGUAAGCAUCAAUGGGCCUUGAACUCUUCCCAAAACAUUCUGUGUAAAGUAUUGCUGGUAUCACUUUACACAGAAACUCACAAAUUAAAUACACAUAAAUUAACGCCAACAUAUAUUUUCACAAGGGCUAAGAAAUUAGAUAAUUCAACUUUUUUGUAUUACUCAACACAUUCAGCGACACUUUAGAUGAACUUUUGAUUCAAACCAAAACACAAUUGCCAGUGGGUUUGCACUUUUUUUUCCGUUUCAAAACACCCACUUUCGAAUGUGGGACAUACUUUUGACUGUUUGAAUUUUCAUGAAUGAGUGGAAAAUCUCUUGCUUGCAGAACGGUGACACAUUUUUCAGUGAUUGUAGCGCUUACUCACAUCAAAUCACAGCUAAAGUAAAGCUAAAGAGAGGGCAGUGGUCUCAACCUUUUUCAUGUCAAGGACCCUGAAAUAGAUGCACAUUAGGUCACGAAGCCUUAUUUUAACAAGAUUUUGCUUCAGGCACCUCCAUCUGAAAAUAUUUAGAUUGUUAGUCAGUCCCUCCAGGAUGUUGCAAUGUUAUGAUGGCAAAUUCAUUAACACAAAUUCAGCCAACGCCUGACAAUUCUGUACAACUUUGCAAUUAUGUCUAAUCACUGCAAGGUUACCAAAAUAAUUAACUAUUUUAAAUGGGUAAACCUCAGACCAUUGUAGAGGUGCGUGCAGCAUAUUGAGUCGCUCAGCCUCUCUUUCUCCGUGUGUUUAUCGUGAGACUAUUGCUGUGGGACUGGAUCUUUGUUUAGUGGACACAGUGGCAGGGCUAACUGUUAGCAUCACACAGCUUACGUUACCCAACAGUUAUUAACGGCUUUCAUGACGAAGUCGAGUCGUUUUGAUGUAAACCGCUGCUACGGGGCUCCUGCCUGAGCAGUAAAGUGUGACGUGUUGGUAUGAGAUCAUGUUGUGCUGUGUUGGCUCCAGCUAAUCAGGCAGAGAGUGGUCUUUUAGCGCUGCGUCAGAUAUCAGCUGUUGUUGCCCCCCCCCCCACUGCCUCUUUUUUAAUUCUGUAGAAAACAAUGAAUGAGCCACAAAUUAGUGACAUCACAACUUAUUUUGCAAUUUUCACUUGCCCUCAGAAUUUCUUUGAAAAAAAAAGUGCCUACAAACAUCGCAACAUGCAUCAUAAUGUUAAGAACAGCUGCUUUGAAAUCAGGCCGCAACUUUCCCAAAAACAGCCUGUAAAAUUCUGGAAGGACUUUUUCGUUACGAUUCAGACCAGAAUUCUGUAGUUGUCAAGUACUGUUAAGGAGAUAACUGUGGAGGAAGUGAAACCUUUAAUUAGAAUAGUCACUCUUAUGACUCUUACUUAUAGUGGAUUAAAUAGCGAAAAUAAAUUAUUCUUCUACUCAAUUACUCAAGGACCGCUGGGGGUCCCUAAACCCCCCGUUGAGAACCACUGAGCUAGGUGAUCAUUGCUACAGUGAUGGAGGAUUUUAGGUUGGUCAAAACAUUGUCACAUACACAUCAAACCAGAUAACAAAUAUGUCUAGUUGCACAGUGGCUUUAUGAAUACUGAUUUAUGAUAAAUAAGCAACUGCAGUGGUGUUGUGUAAAUGUCAUUUUAGCCGAGUUGAAUACAGGAUGCAUAAAUCGAGUUGUAUGACUAAACUGGCUGUGGAUAUCUCAGAAAGUGCUUUUUUCAGUGUGAUAGCAUUAUCUAAAGAAAUGACUGAUUUUUCGUGUCAUUUGUCAUAUCUAGAUGUGUUUUGAUAGAUGUGAUAACUGAGGCCCAAUGUUGAUCAUGACAUGAAUGUUUACAGAUGCAGCUAAUGUCUCUGUCAUGACUCCUGCCAGUGUGGUAGUUUAUUGUGCUCCCCUUUGAAAAAAAAAAAAAAAAUCCUGCUUUCACAAGACAUGGUUAGAUAAGCACAUUUUUAGGUCAAAUCGUGUGAGUCGGCCUGUGCUGUAACACUGAAGAAGAAGCGUUUUUGGUAAAUUUACUAAACUCUUGUAAUUUGGUUGUAUUUGAUAUCAGGUUUGUAUUUCUGUAAAUAAGGUUGAGGUUAAAGUAAAAAUGAGCUGAACGGUCUGAGAUGAUUGUCUUCAAUGCUAUAACUAUUGUGUUGUCUUGAUUUGCAGCUAAAGCGAUUUGCAUCUCAUCCUCCAAAAGGCCAACCGUGGAAAAAAAUCAUUUUGAUAUAUUCGAUUUGUAGAUUCUGUAAAAUGUUUAUGAAGUACUCUCUCUCUGUUGUUCUGUGACGUAUUUAUUUUUUAGUCACUCUGUAAUUUUGCGGCGCCACAUGGCAUCCGUUAUCAAAGCCACAAUUCUUCAAAAGCACUUCAUGGAUAUAUGUGCACAAAAAGGUAGUGACAGUUAAUCUUCAGCAGCUUUACGGGUCCAUCGCAAUUCAAGAUACCCAUCUAUUCUAUUGUAAUGUUUACAAAAUGAUUUACAAGCUGUUUACAACAUCCGACACACCGACACUCACAUUGAGCUGUCCAUGAUUAGGUUUAAAAUCAAGAGUGCUGUUAAUCCACGUAUGAAAACUGUCAUUCCCAAAGCAUUUGCUUUAUAUAUACAGUGUAUGAUGGGGCAACCAUUUUGUUUACAUUAGAAUUAAGGAUUUGUCCUUCAACACAUUCUUGUGUGGAUUUUGAACAGUAUUUCUGUACAUUUAAUAAAUGGUCGAGUAUCUUAUUUAA